CCCCUCCGCCAGAUCCGCUGCUGCUGCCUAGGCGGGCGGACCUGCAGGAGGCGGCGGCGGCGGCCAAGGCCGAGGGAAGAUGGCGGACGGUGUGGACCACAUAGACAUUUACGCGGAUGUGGGCGAAGAGUUCAAUCAGGAGGCGGAAUAUGGUGGACAUGAUCAGAUAGAUUUGUACGAUGAUGUCAUCUCUCCGUCUGCAAAUAAUGGUGAUGCCCCAGAAGACCGGGACUACAUGGAUACUCUUCCACCGACUGUUGGUGAUGAUGUGGGGAAAGGAGCAGCACCAAACGUUGUCUAUACGUACACUGGAAAGAGAAUUGCAUUAUAUAUUGGAAAUCUAACAUGGUGGACAACAGAUGAGGACUUAACUGAAGCAGUUCAUUCUUUGGGAGUAAACGAUAUUUUGGAGAUAAAAUUUUUUGAGAAUCGGGCAAAUGGACAAUCAAAGGGAUUUGCCCUUGUUGGUGUUGGAUCUGAAGCAUCUUCCAAAAAGUUAAUGGAUCUGUUGCCUAAAAGAGAACUUCAUGGUCAGAAUCCUGUCGUGACUCCGUGCAAUAAGCAAUUCCUGAGUCAGUUUGAGAUGCAGUCCAGGAAAACUACACAAUCAGGACAGAUGUCUGGGGAAGGUAAAGCUGGUCCUCCAGGAGGCAGUUCCCGUGCAGCAUUCCCACAAGGUGGUAGAGGACGGGGCCGUUUUCCAGGGGCUGUUCCCGGUGGGGACAGAUUUCCUGGGCCAGCAGGACCAGGAGGGCCACCUCCACCUUUCCCAGGAAAUUUGAUCAAGCAUCUUGUUAAAGGAACUCGGCCUUUGUUCCUGGAAACUAGGAUUCCAUGGCAUAUGGGGCACAGCAUAGAGGAAAUACCCAUUUUUGGCCUAAAAGCCGGACAGACUCCACCACGUCCACCAUUGGGUCCUCCAGGCCCACCUGGUCCACCAGGUCCUCCACCUCCUGGUCAGGUCCUGCCACCUCCUCUGGCAGGACCUCCCAAUCGAGGAGACCGCCCUCCACCACCAGUGCUUUUUCCUGGACAACCUUUUGGGCAACCUCCGUUGGGUCCACUUCCUCCUGGGCCGCCGCCUCCAGUUCCAGGCUAUGGCCCUCCUCCUGGCCCACCGCCUCCACAGCAGGGACCGCCUCCACCUCCAGGCCCCUUUCCACCUCGACCACCAGGUCCACUUGGGCCUCCCCUCACACUUGCUCCUCCUCCACACCUUCCGGGACCACCUCCAGGUGCCCCACCACCAGCUCCACAUGUGAAUCCUGCUUUUUUCCCUCCACCAACUAAUAGUGGCAUGCCAACGUCAGAUAGUCGUGGGCCACCGCCCACAGACCCCUAUGGCCGACCUCCACCGUACGAUAGGGGUGACUAUGGUCCUCCUGGGAGGGAAAUGGAUACUGCAAGAACUCCAUUGAGUGAAGCUGAGUUUGAAGAAAUCAUGAAUAGAAAUCGGGCCAUCUCAAGCAGUGCUAUUUCAAGAGCUGUGUCUGAUGCCAGUGCUGGUGAUUAUGGGAGUGCUAUUGAAACACUGGUAACAGCAAUUUCUUUAAUUAAACAGUCCAAAGUAUCUGCAGAUGAUCGUUGCAAAGUUCUUAUUAGUUCUUUGCAAGAUUGCCUUCAUGGAAUUGAGUCCAAGUCCUAUGGCUCUGGAUCAAGAAGACGUGAACGAUCAAGAGAAAGGGACCAUAGUAGAUCACGGGAAAAGAGUCGGCGUCAUAAAUCUCGGAGUAGAGAUCGUCAUGAUGAUUAUUACAGAGAGAGAAGCAGAGAGAGGGAGAGACACAGGGAUCGGGAUCGGGACCGUGACCGGGAGCGAGACCGAGAGCGAGAAUACCGUCAUCGCUAGAAGCUGAAGGAAGAGGAACACCUUCCAAGACAAAACAGUCUUCAUGAGGGAAAAGUGACGCUUGUCCAGCAGUUUGCUUCUUGUGAUUGAACUGAACCUGUAAGGAUUCAUGGAUAAACUGAACAGGAAUAGAUCUGAAUAAAGCAAAUCUGCAUAAAUGGUAACCAGUAGCUCUACUUUUAUUUUUUAUGUUGCUUAACUGUUUUAUUUGAAGGAAAUCUGUGUGAUUAAAAAGUUAAUAGCUUUUGCAACUUUAUUACUGGUUAUAUAUAUUUGGCUAUUAUAAUGUGCAAGCCAUUGGAAAAAAUUCAAGUAAAUGCUUGUUUUUAUAGUAGUUUGUUCUUGUUAAAAAUGUUCAUAUGAUAAUGUCUGUAAACAGCACCACUUUGAUUACAAUAGAUGUAGUGUUGUAAUAAACUGUUUAAUGGGGCUGAUGUGUAAAGUUAUUUGAUGUUUACACCUCAGGGAAAGUCUUGUGUUCAGCAAUAUCUAAAGAUAAUGUUACUAUGACAACAUUUUUACUGUCCUUUAAAAAAAGCAUUGCAAUAGGGUGUUUGGAUAUGCAUCAAUCUAAUCUUGCGUUCAGUGAAUUAAACAUAAUCAAUUAAGUAUCUCUUGCCCUUGAUUUUGAUAUUAGAAUAGGUGAUUACAUGGAUAUUUAAUAUUUCUAUAUUCUGCUUUUUAAACUGUUUUUACCUAGUUAGCUUGUGAUUUUGCUGAAUGGUAUGUAAACUUGUAAAAAUUGAAAUUGGCAGAUAUAGCAAUUCAGUCGAUGUGUUAGGGGUCAAAAAUUUGAGGUUGUAACUUUCUUGGUAAAGACUCAUGUGUUGCUACAGUAGUGCAGCUUAAUUACUCCCGAGAUUACUAAAAUAAUUAAUUGUGAAGUGCUAGCAUUUAAGAGAGGUUUUGGUAAUUCUGAUUUGAUACGGUAGUUUACUGUUUCUUGCUGAUGGUUCUAUAGGCAGUGUAAAUACAGUCAUACAGCAGAUAAAUGUGAAUAAAGAAAGUCCUACUGUUCUUCUGGGUAGAAAGUCUGAAGGGUGUCAUGUUUAUUACCAUUGGGUUUUAUUCUUCCGUUUGAGUAAUGGGAGAUUAUAGUUACACCCUGUCUUUAUGGUUCAAUGAAUUCUGUGUAUAUUCAUGUAACCCUCUUGAUUUAUGCUUGAUUAAAGUUAGUGACUCAGUUAAUUUUUUUCUUUUAACCCCAGCCCAAAGGCUGUAUUCAAAGCACCUGGCUAGCAUGUGUUCUGCAAAAUUAGCAGAGACAGUCUGUCAGCUUGAUUACUUAUUUUUAUAGGAAGUUAAAAAUCUGAAGUACUAAAGAAAUUUGAGAUAAAAUCCUUAAGAUAAUUUGUUUUAAAUAUAUUUUAAAGAUCUUAUUACUUAAGAGAUCUUUGGAUAGUAAGCAUUGACUUUUAAAGUUUGUCUAAAAUUUAAGGGCAGUGCUUUGGGUAUUUGUGUGCCGUAGAUAGAGAUAAUGUGCAGCUCGAGAGGUUUGCACUGGUGUUCUUGACUUUCAGAAUAUCCUUACCACUGCCAGUUCAUUCAAAAAUAUUUUGUGAGCAAAGUAUUUUUGCAAGAGAUCAUUGGUGUUUAUCAGAACCGUUAGCUCUCAGAAAUGAUUUUUCUUAAGUGUUUAAUCCUGUUAAAAUGCAAGUUGCCUUUUAAUUUGAGAGUUGUAUCAAAAUCUAUUUUCUUAUUUUGUGUAUAGGUAUUGUAAGUUUUUGUCAUUUCUUAGCUUUUUUUUAAUAGUUUAAUUACAAUAUCCUAAUGUGAAGACGUUUGGACAUACAUAUGUUUACAAGGGAAAUUAGUUAAUAGUAAGAUUAAAAGGUAAGUAAAAUGUCCAUGAGAUCAAUUUUCUCUGAACACUUUUAAAAUGGAAUCACAAAUACAUAUACUUGAAAUGAAACUGGAGAUUUUGUACUAAUUUUAAUCCUUCAUUACCUUCUCUUUUUUUAAUCAGUGGAACCCUUUAAUUGCCUUUCUGUCACCCUUCUCCUUGCUUGGCUUAUUUCUUUAAGUGACUUUGGUUGCAGAUAGUGUGAGUGGAUGGCAAUUGUUCGCUGCUGGUGGUCAAUUAUUUUAAGUUGUCAGGAAGAAAUAAAAUAACUUUGGUUUGACUAAAUUUGCAAAGUCUCCUACCUGUUAACACAUGAAUGUAUAGCAGUAAAAGUAACAAUUGCAAAUCUUGUUUUAUUUGUCAAAAUCUUUAUGUUUAGGAACCAGUGUUAUUUGAAAACUUGUUUUUAAUGUGUAAAAGCAAUCCAAAGAGAUAAAUCUUUGCAAACACACCAAAUAAAUAAAUAUAUAGAGAGAACUAGAAAAAAAAGUGAUGGGGGUUUAAAAUUAUCGUCCAUAUAUUGGUGAUGAAAACAAGCCUGAGUGUGUUCUGAAUCCUAUAGGGCAUUGCCUAUUGCUGCAGCCUAGUAGUAAAGUUAUAGGUGCGUGGGGAAGACCCACAUGGUGUUUCUCCUGGAGCAGCACCCUGAGUUCAUUGUACUGCUGUAAGGUAAAGGAAAUAUGUUUGUAGAAACAAUAUUUCAGUGUAAAUUUAUAAGUGUUUAUAUUGUUUUGUCAGUUUCCAGCAAGAUUUUGAGUAACUUGCCAUAGCUAUUGAUCAUAUAUGUUAGCCCAUUUAAUGGCUCUUUUACCUAGCAUAUUCUUAAGCAGUUAACUACAAUUUGGAAUUCACAAAUAACAUGUAGCUUAAGAUAUUUUCAUUUGAUUCUCCUAUGGAGAAUGUUUCUUUCGUUUUUACUAGUUUAAAGUCAAUUCAAAAAAUAAACAUGGAGGUUUUGAUGAGCAUAAUAGCAUUUUGUAGUGAAGGGAAAUUGUUGAAAAGGGCAAGACUUUCUUUCCCUGUGUGUUGAAAUGUGCCAAUAAGUACUUUUCUGUUUCAUACAAUGAAAUGCUAGUGCAAGGCUCUACUGAGUGCUCUUGACAUUCCAGUUCUGUUACCCAGGUGGGCAGUAUUUGUAUCUUGCAAGCCCCAGAGCUGGGUCUUAAGUUUUAGCUUAAGUUAUUUUAAGAGGAAGUUUAUGUUCUGAUUCUUUACUGAGAAUACAGUAUUGAUAUUCUUGCUAUUGUACAGAUAACUGAUUUUUAAAUUUUACUCAUUGAAGUUCAUUUGCACCCUUAGCCCUCUGUAAAUGUUUCCCCUAGUUGUAUGUACUUACUAAAUGCACGCUUCUCCACUGUACAUAUUAGACAUUUUUGUGCCGAAAUAUAUUAAGUAGGAUUUUUGUAGCAAAGCAUUCUAUUUUUAUGUUCUUAUAGUAUAUGUGUUGACUUUAAUCUUCAAUUAAAACACCAGUGUAUUUAGUUUUUAGCAACUUGACUCCUAGAAGUCUUAGACUAAUUUUUAAAUAAACAUUUAACCAAAAAUUAUGAAUUUAUUGAGAUGUGGCCUUAUAAAUGGUAUUUCUUGUGUUCAUAAUGUGAUUUGUUUUUUUAAAUUUAGAUUUUAUUUAAAUCAAGAUUUAGAAUUUGUUUUAAGUCAAAGUAGAAAAUGUAUUAAGUGUCUAGGCUUCUGGGAGGAAGUUCUUAUACUCUUUCUUGGCAUUAGAAAGAAGCAAUAUGAAUUUAUGGAUAUUUGAACUAUUCAGUCUAUUGUGUUAUGUUCAGAUUGGUUUAGGUUUGUCUUAACCCAGUGUUUUUUUAAGCUGCAGGUUGUCGGCCUUCUCUGACUAUACAGCUUCUGUGGCUUUUGUAUGGGGUGGAUGAACUCUUGGUUACGUAUAGCCAGAUUUCGGGGUUUUAAAGAUGUCCCAUCACAUUAAUUAUAUUGUAAUGGGAGGCUUUUAAAAUAUUAGGUAAAAUUUAAUUGAAGUCACAUAAAUUUUGACUUAAAUGGUAUCUGUGGAUAGUAAAUACUACGAGCAGUUUUUCAUGUGGGAGUACCUGACACUCUACCAUGGGAGUAAAUUACAUUCAUUUCAUAAUUGGAGAGACCCUUCUUUUAGUAGAAAUAUUUCAUUUUGAAGGUGUAUUUUUUGCUACACUGUUACUGCUUAACACUUCUCAUCAUUUUCUGUAUGCAAAUUAUUUUAAAAUACAGUGGUAAAUUCAUGUUUAUUUUUUUUCUUUUGGAAAUUGUACUCAGGUGGUAUUUAAUGGGAAAUGACCCUUUGGGUUGAAUUAUAAUGUGUUUUGAGGACUGUAUCUAUAACAUUUAUGACUUUAGCCUUAAAGAGGUCUAGUAUUUUUUCUUUUGCAUCCCGUGGUGUAUUAGCAAAGUAGUUUACAGUCCAGAACAGCCUUACAAAGUUGUUUUACAAUUUUUAAUGGAAAGCCCUUAACAACAAAAAAUUGUAUCAUAUUACAGUACUCAUGAAUUAUUGAAUAAUCAUCCUUUGUAAAUAAGCUGUCUAAUAUCAGAAGGCCAAAGAAAAGUCUUGAAAUUUUAGCUAUUGAAUGUGGUGUGGUGACUUCAUAAGAUUUCUGUGCAAAAGGUAAGGUAAUAUUCCAUCAAAUAGGCAUCAUUUUGAUGUCCAUGAAAACUAGACUUCCAUAUUAGCUUCUUUCAAAAGGCUCAUUCCCAUUUUAUUAAAAUGUUUGUACUUGCAAUUUUGUGUUUAAUGUUUACUUUGUCUUUCCUUUCUUUAGCAUUUAGGUGACUGUUGAGCAGUUUGCUAUAUGGUCAUUGUUGGCCUUAAACUGCACUAGAAACAAGCAUGGUAUUUAUCUUGUAUUGAAAAUAAAAAGUUUUGAUAA